AAGGAGCCCAAGCCACGCGCCGCUCGCCCUGCUGCACCGCGAGGGCAGCAGCCGCCUCAUGCGACUCGAGAACGCUAGAGGGCGCCGCUUCCGAGAGCCCGCAAGCGGCUUCCGGGGCUCGCGCGCCGACCUGGACGCAGAGAAGCCAGAGACUUUUCGUUUCCGGCUGCCGCAGGCCCUUCGCUGGUGCAGACGCAGUGCUGAGCCCACAGCUACCGGACAAAGAGUGACGCCCGGAGCUGGAGUUAUGGCGGCGACGGAGCCGAUCUUGGGGGCCACUGGGAGUCCCGCGGCGGUGCCACCGGAGAAACCGGAAGGAGCAGGUUCGAGCUCAGACCCUGAGCUUAAAUCUGUGGGCUCCUCGCUGCCGAAGGUCUCACCGCCUGCCCCGGAGCCCUCCAGCCCCAACGCCGCGGUCCCCGAAGCCAUCCCUACGCCCCGGGCUGCGGCCUCCGCGGCCCGGGAGUUGCCCCUCGGGCCAGCACCCGUGAGCAUCGCGCCUCAGGCUGAAGCCGAAACGCGCUCCCCACCAGGCCCAGCCGGUUCUAGACUCGGCCCCGAGACGUUCCGCCAGCGUUUCCGGCAGUUCCGCUACCAGGACGCGGCGGGUCCCCGGGAGGCUUUCCGGCAGCUGCGGGAGCUGUCCCGCCAGUGGCUACGGCCUGACAUCCGCACCAAGGAGCAGAUCGUGGAGAUGCUGGUGCAAGAGCAGCUGCUCGCCAUCCUGCCCGAGGCGGCUCGGGCCCGGCGGGUCCGUCGCCGCACGGAUGUGCGCAUCACUGGUUGAGCGGUGGAACUGCGGGCGGCCAGGGCCGGGCGCUCUGUGUAGACUGGGGCCAUGAUCGGGUCCGGGGGCCUGAGCCUAGGAGCCCACUCCAUGUUAAUGAAAAAUGAGUUUUGGCAGCGCC